AUGAUGGUUAAUACUGCGUUAUAUUUCAUCAUUAUUUCUGUUUUAUAUUCUGGAAGUAGUGGACAUCAUAAUCAUAUUAAUAAUUUUGAAAGUACACUUGGACAUUUAAAACCGCGAAGUUUACCAGCCGUGCAAGCUGAAGCGGCCUUGAUGUUAAUUGAACGAACAAUUGGAGAAAAAGUAUCACAUUUCAGUGUUUCGGUCGAUCCAAAUUUGGGCCCAAUUGGAAAAGAUACUUUUGAGAUAAAAAAAGGGUCCAGUGAAUAUCAAGAAAUAUUUAUAACAGGAACAUCAGGUGUCGCAGUAACAUGGGGGUUCCAUCAUUAUUUGAAAAAACACUGCAAUUGCCAAAUAGCGUGGGAAGGAGAACAAAUCGAAUUACCAGACAUAUUACCGGAUGUUAAUGAAAGAAUAACCUCUAACGACAGGUUUCGGUACUACCAGAAUGUCUGUACAACUGGGUAUAGUUCAGCCUGGUGGGGUUGGGAUCAAUGGGAGAAAAAUAUCGACUGGAUGGCUUUAAAUGGCAUCAAUCUAGCCCUCGCAUUUCACGGUCAAGAGGCUAUUUGGGAGAGGGUGUACCUUAAAAUGAAUCUGACUAGUCAAGAGAUAAAUCAGCACUUUGGAGGACCUGCUUUUUUACCUUGGUCACGGAUGGGCAAUAUCAGAGGAUGGGGUGGCCUAUUAUCUUCUUCAUGGCACAAUCACACUAUUGUCCUUCAACAUAGAAUACUCAAUAGAAUGCGAGAACUUGGAAUAAUUCCAGUUCUUCCUGCAUUUGCGGGUCACGUACCACGUGCCUUUUCUCGUAUUUAUCCUCACGCUAAUAUGACUAAAAUAGGCGUUUGGAAUCAAUUCGAUGAUCAAUAUUGCUGUCCAUAUUUAGUCUCACCAACAGACCCACUAUUUAAAAUAAUAGGUCAAAAAUUUUUACACGAGUACAUUAAUGAAUUCGGUACGGAUCACAUUUAUAAUUGUGACACAUUCAAUGAGAAUGAACCCGUGGACACCGAUACCGAGUCAUUAAAAAUGAUCGGGCAAGCUAUUUAUUCAGCCAUGACGGAUGUUGAUCCCCAAGCUAUAUGGAUGAUGCAAGGCUGGUUGUUCGUUCACGAGUUUGACUUUUGGACAGAAUCGCGAGUUGAAGCUUUUAUUACUUCAGUUCCAUUGGGAAAAAUGAUUAUCCUCGACCUCCAAUCAGAGCAAUUUCCGCAAUACAUGAGAUUCAAAUCAUACUUUGGCCAGCCGUUUAUUUGGUGUAUGCUUCAUAAUUUUGGCGGCACCCUUGGAAUGUUCGGAUCGGCAAGAAUUAUAAGCGAGCGUGUUAUCGAGGCAAGAAAUAUGGAAGGUAGCACGAUGAUUGGGACAGGCUUAACGCCCGAGGGAAUCAAUCAGAAUUAUGUGAUUUAUGAAUUAAUGAACGAAAUGGCUUAUCGACGUGAGCCUGUUAAUCUCGAUAAAUGGUUUGAAAAUUAUUCUGUACGAAGAUACGGCGGGAGGAAUGAAUAUGCAUCGCAAACAUGGAACAUUCUCGGGAAAACAAUUUAUAAUUUCAUUGGUCUCGAAAGGAUCCGUGGACACUAUGUAAUCACGAUGCGACCAAAAGGGAAUAUUAAAACUUGGUGGUGGUAUGAUCCAGAGCUGAUUAUUGAAGCUUGGGGUAUUUUUCUGAACGCUCGGAAUGAAAAAGCUAACAAAUCAUUGUACAGACACGAUGUUGUUGAUAUAACAAGACAAGCUUUGCAAUUAAUUGCUGAUGAGAUUUAUCUCAGUAUUAAAAAUGCCUAUGCCAAGAACAACUCUACUUUAUUAAGGCAACAAUCAGAAUUACUAGUUGAACUUUUUGACGACUUGGAGAGAAUUCUGGAUUCGAGUGAAAAUUUUCGCUUGGGAAAAUGGUUGGAAGCUGCUAAAUUAUUGGGAACAAAUGAAAAAGAAAGGGAGUUAUAUGAAUACAAUGCACGAAAUCAAAUAACUUUGUGGGGACCGAAUGGUGAAAUAUGCGAUUAUGCAAACAAGCAGUGGGCUGGAGUUAUCGUUGACUAUUUUAAACCGCGGUGGGUCAUAUUUCUCAAAGCUUUACAAGAGUCAGUUGAAACAAAACAGAUAUUAAACCAAACUCUGAUAAAUCAGCUAAUUUUUGAACAAGUUGAAAACCCGUUCACAUUUUCUCAUAAGAAUUAUCCUGUUGAACCUCAAGGAGAUUCUGUCCUCAUUGCUGUUGAGCUGAAUAAUAAAUGGAAAAAUUACAAGUUACAUUUUAUCGAAAGAAAAAUCCUUAGAUAUGAACGCAGAAUGAUAGUUAAUAAAAAAACAAUUUUAACUUGA